AUGACUCGUAAUUCGUCUCACAGGAAGUCUCGCCGCAACGCGAGGUCUGCAUCCCAGUCUGCUUCCCCGUCCGCAUCCCCAUCUGCUUCACAGGAUUCCCCGCGACCUCAGUCUUCCAAACCAACGACUCCCGGCUCUUCAGGCCCUCAAUCUCCCUGGUCAAGCGGCUUCGAGGAACAAGGUGUAACUGGUCUGCCCAGUCCUCCACCCUCACAAUCUCCGUCUCUUGGAACCUCGAGCCCUGCUAAUGUCGCUUUAUCCUCUGGAAUCUCAACACCAUCAAUCGAGGAAUAUGAAACUUCUCGAUCCGCGACUCCGAUAGAGGAUAUAGAUGCACAUCCAUCUACGACUGCUAGUCAGUCGUCGCUGAAAUCUAUCGAGGUUGGCCUUGUGGAGGAUAAAACUCUACCCAAUGACCAGAAUACUGGGUACGUGGUCGAAACAAUUUACCUGCGUCAUUCCAAAGCCAUCUGGAGUUGCUUCAAGUUCAUACUUAGGCACUGGAGGGUCAUUGCCUCCUUCAUGUAUGCUACUGCUGUUAUUGCACUCUUUACCGGCAUUUAUUACUUCGACGAGACGAAUGAUUUGUUGACACAAUACGAUCUACCUACCCUGCCAUCCCUGGACGACAUUAACGCUAUUUUUGGGUAUGAGUAUUGUGGAUAUUUUAUUGGAAUCUCUUCUCUCCUUUUUCUCGGUCUCACUGGCUGGUACAGUAUCGAGUGGAGGAAGAUGGCGUCAACCGAGACCCGCCGCUUUGUGACGCUUUGCUUUAGAAAGCUGAGAAGCUGUGGUUCUUGGAUCCUCAGAGGAAUAACAUAUAGCUUUCAUACCUUGAUCAUCAGCCCCUUGAUAGGUCUGUUUUGGUACCUCGUUUCUAUCCCAGUGGCAGGGAUGUGGUGGUUCAUAGGCUUGCUCGAGAGGAUCAUCAUCAAAGGAAACAAGAUUUGUCGCCGUCGAGUCCUCGUCAUCCUUAUUGUACUAGGAGGAGGCAUUCAUUGGGUAUGGGAAAGGUCUCACCCUCUCAACGCAAUUGAGCAACUGGCAGCCUUUGCUGAGAGGCAUCGAGAUGACGACAUGAUUGCGUUUUGUAUCUUCAAGACAAGCUACUAUGUUGCUUACUACUACUUCGCCUUUGCCAAAUAUCUCUUCCCUGCCAAGUAUGAGUACAAUAUCUGGAACGACCCAGUAGUCCACUAUAUCAUACUCUCAGUUGCAGUUAUUAUCAUCAGCACUUGGCUCAUUGGAAAGGCCUUUGACUGGAUUAUGCAAAGCGGAAUAACUACUCAGAAAGUGGAGGCAGAUAUACGAAUGGUGGAAAAGGUCAAGUGA